UGUGCCUCUGCUUUCUCCUUCACUGUGCCCCGCUGCACGGAACAUCGUAACCAAACUCUGCACACUCCGUCCAGAAAUAAAGAGUCAUGGCAGAGCAAGGAGUGGGCAGUGUGGUGCAGCAGGACAAGACAGGAAAAGGCAAGCAGUCAGAGAACAAAGGCCCCUGUACGACAUGUCAGCACCACGCACCCAAGGGACAUGGCACUAUGGCUGUCCCUCCUGCAUACUCAGACCUGGGGAAGUCCGCCAAAGACAUCUUUAACAAGGGCUUUGGAUAUGGAGUUCUGAAACUGGACGUAAAGACCAAGUCCCAGAGUGGUGUUAUGGAGUUUGCCACCUCUGGCUCCAACAACACAGACACUGGGAAGUCUGGAGGCCACCUGGAGACCAAGUACAAAAUGAGCGACCUAGGCCUGAGCUUCAACCAGAAAUGGAACACAGAUAACACUCUGACCACAGAGAUCACCAUGGAGGACCAGCUGGCUAAGGGCUUGAAGCUCGGUCUGGACACAUCAUUUGUACCAAACACUGGCAAGAAGAGUGCCAAGCUGAAGACCAGCUACAAGCGUGACUUUGUCAAUGUUGGCUGUGACCUGGACUUCGACAUGGCUGGUCCCACGGUCCAUACGGCUGCUGUGUUAGGCUAUGAGGGCUGGCUGGCCGGAUACCAGAUGGCGUUUGAUACCGCCAAGUCCAAACUGACCCAGAACAACUUUGCCCUGGGAUACAAGGCUGGUGACUUCCAGCUACACACCAACGUUAAUGAUGGUGCAGAAUUUGGUGGUUCCAUUUACCAGAAGGUGAACAGUGACCUGGAGACUGCGGUCCACCUGUCUUGGACAGCUGGAAGCAACAACACAAGCUUUGGAAUUGGAGCUAAAUAUCAGCUGGAUAAGGAUGCCUCCCUGUCUACCAAAGUGAACAACACCUGCUUGGUUGGUGUUGGAUACACACAGACUCUCAGGCCAGGAGUGAAGCUCACCCUCUCUGCUCUCAUCGACGGGAAGAAUGUGAACGGCGGUGGUCACAAAGUGGGUCUGGGAUUUGAGCUGGAGGCAUAAGAUAUUGAAUGGGAGAACAGACAGGAAGAGAGAGAGGAAAAAAGAGAGGAAAGCAACACAGGAAGAGAAGAAAAGAAAGAACCCAAAUCUGACGACACCUCAGAGAUCCACUCAGCGACACAUCUUCCCUUUGGCCUUAACCCAGCAGCCUCCACGACCUCCAGGACUGAAACUUUGACAGAAAUCAAGCAUUGUAUGUUGGUUCAUGUUUAGAUUGACAGUUUUCACAGCAAUACUGCGUUUCAAAAUUCAGUGAAAGAACCGAGACACUCCAAACUCACCGUCUCCAAAUACUGUCCAUCAGCUCGACCAGAUAAAGUGCACUUUUGAACAGAGCAUUUGUGUCUCUUUGUGUUCUUUCUGAAGACAGAUUUGUAUUUUGUCUGAACAGUCAGCUCAUUUACGUUUCACUAUGGGAUGCAGACAUCGAUAUGACUAUUAGAAGAUGCUCGUUUUGGUAGACUGUGGUUUUGAUGCGUGCGUUCAAGGCUUGAGGGAAGGGUUCAGUUUUUGGACUUUUCAUUGUUAAGUACAGAAACUGUCAACUGAUGCAAUAAUGGCUUGGAUUAAAAACAUGUAAGCAGAGCAGACAAACAGUGGAAGUGACUCCACCACUCCAGUCAGUCACACAGGGAUUGACUGGACGCUCAGUUGCCUAAACAUCUGUUUUUCAGGCCCUGUUUGCUCGGGGCUGUUGGCAGUUUGGACCUGUGUCACCUCUUUGUCUUGUCUCGUUUUUGUGUCCUGUACCUGUUUAAAAAGCCUUUAUCACUACAUUUCACUUUACUUGCUGUGCUUUGUAUAGUAAAGUUAGUCAACAGUUACAACCUCAGAGUGAUUUUAUUGAAUUAAUGGAAUAAAGAAUGUCAAACACUA